AUGAGAAUCCUAUUGGCAGUGUUGCUCUGCCACGUGGCAUGGGCUACUGUAAUCGUUGUGCCAGGAGAUGAUGACGUCGAAUGGUGCGCCCAAGCAAAGUGUACCGAAAGCCAGAUGUGUAUCAUGAUUCAGGAGACUCAGGAGGUUCAGUGUAUGCCACCACAGCAGGCUAUGGAAUUCGUCAAGAUUCACGCAUCGAGACAACAAGGAGGAAGCCAGACCGCUCAAAUCAAGACACGCGCCGAUACCACCCCAGUCAAGGCUCAUCAAACUCACUGCACUCGCAGCGAGCUGAUGCGUAUGGGAGGACGUCUUGUCAAGUGGUUUAAGGAUAUUCAUUCCGCCGAGGCCGGCACGGAUCGUACCAUGAAGUGUGAGUAUUCAGAUGACUUGGGGCGUAGUGGAGUUUUGGGAAGUGGAGGAGGUGGAGGCGUUGAUGGCUUCCUGAAAAUGAAAUUUUGGAAUUUUUGA